GACACAGCGGAUCACCGAGCCACAGAAAGAGCCGAAGAUGCCGGCUCGGUCAUGUGAUCAGCUGUGUCCAAUCACAGCUGAUCACAUAAGACAUGUACACUGAUCAUCAGAGCACUGAUGAUCAGUGUGCCCUGAUGAUCACUGUAGCCCCAGCAGUGCUACCUGUCAGUGUCCAUCAGUGCCAGCUGUCAGUGCUCAUCAGUGCCACGUGCCAGUGCCCAUCAGUGCCACAUCAAUGCCACAUAUCAGUGCCUACCAGUGCACAUCAAUGCAACAUAUCAGUGCCCAUCUGAGCUGCCUUUCAGUGUCACCCAUCAGUGCCAGUCAGUUCCACCUAUCAAUGCCAAUCAGUGCCACCUAUCAGUACCAGUCAGUG